GGCGUCAAUUGCAAGGCCAGGGCAAAAAAGGGAGGGCUGGAUGUUUGCUAGACAACUGUUUUUUGCUUCUGUUCUCCGUGGACUGCUUAGAAAUAACCUGGGAGACCUCCAAAUUACGCAAUGGAGAUGGUGACCUUUGAGGAUGUGGUCGUGAACUUCAGCAAUGAGGAGUGGACUUUGCUGAGUCCAUCCCAAAAGAACCUCUACAGAGAUGUGAUGGGCGAAACCUUUAGGAACAUGGCUGCAAUAGGAGGACUUGGGGAUAUCCAGGAACCUGAAAAAGAAUGCAAAAUUUACUGGAGAUACUUAAGAAAUGACAAGCUAGGUAAAUCUUAUGGACAUACAUCUUGGAAUCAGUGUAAAGAAGUAUUCCCUUGUACUGCAGAAGGUAAUGUGAAUGUGAAAGAAGCAGAAACACACCACAAUAUUCAGAUCCAUGAAAAAUAUUGCAGUGGAGAGAAAUCGUAUGUAUGUCAGCAAUGUGGAAAAGGGUUCACCAAAUCUGGACAUUAUAAGCAACAUGAAAUAGUUCACACUGGAGAGAAACCCUAUGUAUGUAAGCAAUGUGGGAAAGCUUUCAACACACAGGCAAGUUGUAAAAUACAUGAAAGAAUUCACACUGGAGAGAAACCCUAUGUAUGUAAGAAAUGUGGGAAGACUUUUAGCACACGGGGAUAUUUUAAGAAACAUGAAAGAAUUCACACUGGUGAGAAACCAUAUGUAUAUAUGCAAUGUGGGAAAGCUUUUACCCAACAUGGACAUUGUAAGCAACAUGAAAGAAUUCACACUGGAGUGAAACCAUAUGUAUGUAAGCGAUGUGGGAAAGCUUUUAACACACGGGCAAGUUGUAAAAUACAUGAAAGAAUUCACACUGGAGAGAAACCCUAUGUAUGUAAGCAAUGUGGGAAAGCUUUUACCCAACAUCGACUUUGUAAGCAACAUGAAAGAAUUCACACUGGAGAGAAACCAUAUGUAUGUAAGCAAUGUGGGAAAGCUUUUACCACACAUGGAAAUUGUAAGGCACAUGAAAUAAUUCACACUGGAGUGAAACCAUAUGUAUGUAAGCAAUGUGGGAAAGCUUUUAACACACGGGGAGAUUGUAAGAAACAUGAAAGAAUGCACACUGGAGAGAAACCCUAUGUAUGUAAGCAAUGUGGGAAAGCUUUUACCCGACCUGGACAUUGUAAGCAACAUGAAAGAAUUCACACUGGAGAGAAACCCUAUAUAUGUAAGCAAUGUGGGAAAGCUUUUACCCAACAUGGACAUUGUAAGCAACAUGAAAGAAUUCACACUGGAGUGAAACCAUAUGUAUGUAAGCGAUGUGGGAAAGCUUUUAACACACGGGCAAGUUGUAAAAUACAUGAAAGAAUUCACACUGGAGAGAAACCCUAUGUAUGUAAGCAAUGUGGGAAAGCUUUUACCCAACAUCAACUUUGUAAGCAACAUGAAAGAAUUCACACUGGAGAGAAACCAUAUGUAUGUAAGCAAUGUGGGAAAGCUUUUACCACACAUGGAAAUUGUAAGGCACAUGAAAUAAUUCACACUGGAGUGAAACCAUAUGUAUGUAAGCAAUGUGGGAAAGCUUUUAACACACGGGGAGAUUGUAAGAAACAUGAAAGAAUGCACACUGGAGAGAAACCCUAUGUAUGUAAGCAAUGUGGGAAAGCUUUUACCCGACCUGGACAUUGUAAGCAACAUGAAAGAAUUCACACUGGAGAGAAACCCUAUAUAUGUAAGCAAUGUGGGAAAGCUUUUACCCAACAUGGACAUUGUAAGCAACAUGAAAGUUCAUAUUCAAGAUAAAACCAGUGUAUAUAAGCAUCAUGAGAAUUUUUUUACCACAAUUACAUAUUGCAUAAUGCAUGAAAAACUUCACACUGGGCAGAAAACUUAUAUAUGUAAGGAAUGUGGGAAAGGUUUCAGCAGAAAUGCUCAUUGUCCAAUACAUGAAAAAAUUUCCACUGUUGAGAAACCCUGUUUAUGUGAAGAAUGUGGGAAAGCUUUCACCACACAUGGAUUUUGUAAAAUACAUCAAUGACUCCACACUGGUGGAGAAACCCUAUGCAUAUAACAAUGUGGCAAAGCUUUUACCACAUACAGUCAUUGCAAAACACAUGAAACAAUUCACACUGGGAAGAACCACUGGCUACGUAACCAAGUGGAGACAAUUUCAGCAUCCAAAUUGUAAGUGAAAUACAUGAAGAAACUCACACAAGAGAUAAAUCCUAUGUGUUAUGGGAAUACUCUCAGCACACAUGAUCAUUGUUACAUAUCUGAAAGAGCUCACUGGAUCCUAUGUGUAUUAACAGUGUGAGACAUACGGCAAUCCAUGUUUGUUGUUAAAUACAUAGAAAAAGCAGCACUCCAGGCAGUUUAGAUCUAAGUUUAUUUUAAAAAUUCCAAGUAGACCUGAAGAAAUAAUCAAUACAGAAGUUUGAUGUCAAUAUUUCUUGACAAAUUUUCCAGAAAUGACAAAUCUGAAGUGGAGCUCUACUCAAGUACACAUUUUGUAUGGUUUUCAGUUAAUCACUUAUACCUCUUUAGUUUUUUAAUGUGUCUUUGUGCUUCAACAUGGCAUCUUGUAAAUAAACAUGGUAAACUGAAAUGUGAU